GAAAAGUCUUAGUCGCCAAGUCAUACUAUAUACAUUAAGACCUUGUAACUGUAAAACAGUAGUAUAUAUUCUUCCAUAGAUAGAGCCUAGCAUUUAUUACCAUAUCAAUUAACAUUUCACCUUCCUCUUGCUAUUAAACCCAACCCCCCUCCUCGCUUCAUAAAGAGGAAAUGCUCUCUUCAUAAUUCAUCACAUGGAGCCUCCAAGAUCAGAGGUAUGCCUCUCUGAAACCUCAAGCAUCAUCUCAGUUUCAAAUGCUCCUCCAACCCCAUCCCUAAAAGCCUCGAUGGACAAUCAAAAAGAGGUAAAACAACUAGGAGGAGAAGAAUUGGAAGAAGAAGAAGAACAAAGAGACCAAAAGCACCAAGAAGAUGAUCUUGUAUUGGAUCUAAGCCUCACUAGCAAAGAUUCCAAGCCAGAACUCAAUCUCAUCGAUUCUUUUGACAUGGAGUCAUCGCAGAAGUCGUCCCUGGAUACUCCUCAAGGUAAUGAAACCGAGCCUCGAAUAUUCUCAUGCAACUAUUGUCAAAGAAAAUUCUAUAGCUCACAGGCACUUGGGGGUCACCAAAAUGCUCACAAGAGAGAAAGAACACUAGCUAAACGUGGACAAAGAAUCAGUACAGGCUCUUUUGGUCUUGGUCAUCACCCUAACUCACACCUAAAUCGAUACACUAGCAUGGCCUCCCUUCCUUUGCAUGGAUCCUUAAAUAGAUCACUUGGAAUCCAGGUGCACUCUAUGAUCCACAAGCCAACUUUUUUACCAUCUUCCACUCUUGGUUCUACAAAUAUUUAUGGGCAAAAUGGAUGGUCUAGACAACCUAUUCAGCAACCGGCAGUUGGGAGGCUGGCAUCGGAGAGUUUUUAUAUGGAAACAAAUAAGGGAUCAUCUCCUAGUAACGGGGUUGCAAGAUUUGAAACUGCAAGAAAAUUUUCCCCGGCAAAGGAAGGAAUUGGGGGAUUCUGGUGGGAUGCUGGUGUUAACCAUUUGAAGACUAAACGAGAUGAUUUGCAAAAGCUUGACUUGUCACUCAAGCUCUAAUAUAAAAGUAGCGGCUCUUUCUUUCUUUUUUACAGUACAAUUUCUAUCUUCUCAUCAUCUUCUUCUUUGACUUUUGUUAUGUUCUUGGCUACUAUAGAAUUUUUCAUUUGUCUUCUUUAGCUGGAUCUAUUGUAAAUCCUUUUUUUGGCUACAGAAUACUAUGACUCUAUGAAAGAUUAAUUUCUUGCAA